CGAGGAGCGCGGACGGCUGGGCUGCUGCUGGGCGGCCGCGGGGCAGCGGAGGGCGCCGGCGCUCCCCGUCCCCGCUGCUCCCAGUCCCCGCCACGUCCCCGGCGGAGCGGGCAUGGCGCCACCUGCGGCGCCCGGCCGGGACCGUGUGGGCCGUGAGGAUGAGGACGGCUGGGAGACGAGAGGGGACCGCAAGGCCCGGAAGCCCCUGGUGGAGAAGAAGCGGCGCGCGCGGAUCAACGAGAGCCUGCAGGAGCUGCGGCUGCUGCUGGCGGGCGCCGAGGUGCAGGCCAAGCUGGAGAACGCCGAGGUGCUGGAGCUGACGGUGCGGCGGGUCCAGGGUGUGCUGCGGGGCCGGGCGCGCGAGCGCGAGCAGCUGCAGGCGGAAGCCAGCGAGCGCUUCGCUGCCGGCUACAUCCAGUGCAUGCACGAGGUGCACACGUUCGUGUCCACGUGCCAGGCCAUCGACGCCACCGUCGCUGCCGAGCUCCUGAACCAUCUGCUCGAGUCCAUGCCGCUGCGUGAGGGCAGCAGCUUCCAGGAUCUGCUGGGGGACGCCCUGGCGGGGCCACCUGGAGCCCCUGGGCGGAGUGGCUGGCCUGCGGGGGGCGCUCCGGGAUCCCCGAUACCCAGUCCCCCCAGUCCCGGGGACGACCUGUGCUCCGACCUGGAGGAGGCCCCUGAGGCUGAACUGAGUCGGGCUCCUGCUGAGGGGCCCGACUUGGUGCCUGCAGCCCUGGGCAGCCUGACCGCAGCCCAAAUUGCCCAGAGUGUCUGGAGGCCUUGGUGACCAAUGCCAGCCAGAGUCCUGCGGGGGUGGGCCCGGCCCUCCCUGGAUCUCUCCCUCCUCCCAGGGGUUCAGAUGUGGUGGGGUAGGGCCCUGAAGUCUCCCAGGUCUUCCCUCCCUCCUCCGAUGGAUGGCUUGCAGGGCAGCCCCUGGUGACCAGCCCAGUCAGGCCCCAGCCUCGUUUCUUAAGAAACUUUUAGGGACCCUGCAGCUCUGGGGUGGGUGGAGGGAGGGAGCCACAGGCAGGAGGAAGAAUCUUGUAGAGCUACCAGCGCUCUCCCAGGUUCACCUGCCCAGCCUUCACCAGCCCUGUGCGGGCUCUGGGGGCAGAGGUGGCAGGAAUGGUGCUGGGCACUAGCGUUCCAGGCAGCCCUGGGCUAAACAAAAGCUUGAACUUGCCACUUCAGCGGGGAGACGAGAGGCAGGUGCACUCUGCAGCACUGCCCAGAGCUGUGAUGCUCUGUACAUCUUGUUUGUAGCACACUUGAGUUUGUGUAUUCCAUUGACAUCAAAUGUGACAAUUUUACUAAAUAAAGAAUUUUGGAGUUAGUUACCCUUGAA